UCGAAUCCACGUUUCCUGCAUUGGCAGGUGGAUUCUUUACCACUGAGCCAGCAGGGAAGCCCCUCUUGAAACAUAAGAGGAAAGAGCCAAGGGAUUAGAGAGGCAACAAGGUGGAAGCAGGGGUCUUUUUGUCCUAGGUCUUCAGGUCUCCCAAUCAAGUCCCCAUUGGGAUCAGAGCUAGAUGCAGUCGAUUGGGGCAGAGGAACAUUACCUCUUUGGGAGUGGGGAAGGCAGUAAGUGAAAUCACUAAGUAUCAAAACCUGUCUUGCUGCUGAGGAAUUCAUGGAGACAGCCAAUCUGGGAGUCUUUAAGUAGAGUUCUUCUGAACUGAUGAAACCAUAAAGCCUAGAGGCCAUGCCUAGAUUCUACUCACCUUGCUUGGGUGACCUGGAUCAGUCCUAGAAGUGUUCUCAUCCCCCACCGCAAGCUGUGAUGCCCAUUCCAUAGCUCAUGUGGAAUCUCAGAAAAAGUGAAUCCUUAUAGCCAUCAAUGACAUUGAGAUUCCUCAAAGUACUGCUGGAGAGUCCGAGCAAGACUCUGAAGGGUCCUAACAAAUCUUUUCUUUCAGUCUGGCAGUGUUUGGCAGGAUGGGGUAGGGAGGGGGUAACGUGGGCUUUGCUUCCUGGAGAAGGACAACAUUUUGAUGGUUCAAGUGAAAUAGUGGGAGUUUCUGAAGUUACACAGGAAGUUGCUGGGACAGAACCCUGAGAAGUUUUGUACCACUUUGUCUUCCCUGUUGAGCGCCAUCUGAGCUGUCAAACUUUGCUGCCAAGGGAACUGAAUCAACCUGCAGCACGAAAUAAGUGGGGAGGUAGGAGGCUUCUGUGACAUGGAUUUGCAGCGCCGGUUCCUAAGGUUUCCAGGACUGAGGAGACUUUAUAAUUGGUUGAGAGCAGACAGACUUUUGGGCCAAUCAGACUUAGAGCCGAGGUGGGGGAUCUGAUCUUCUUGGCCGCCUCUCCUCCCCCAGCUCCCCAGCUCCACUCAGAUUCAAUUCCCCUCCGCACCAACCCACCCCCGCCAUUUGGUGACUAAGAAGAACUGCUGCAGGCAGACAAACCUCGGAGCAGUUUUUAAGAGGCUGGAAGGAGACAUAAGAGAUUUCAGCUGCUACAUUCCAAGCCCUGGGUCUACCUUGGAGACAGGACAGCACAGAGUCAGUGUCCAGGAAGGGACUCCUGGGUCAUGGGACCCAAGACACACCCACAGCUCGCUGGGAAAUGGCAAGUGCUGUUCAUGUUGUCCUUGUGCUGCUGGGGCUGGGUGUCUGGGCAGCUCCGUUACUCUGUGGUGGAGGAGUCUGAGCCAGGGACGCUGGUGGGGAGCAUUGCUCAAGAUCUAGGCUUAAAGGUGACGGAUCUGUUGAGCCGCCGGCUGCGGCUGGGCGCUGAGGAGGAUGGGCAAUAUUUUUCCCUGAGCUUGAUGAGUGGUGCCCUGGCAGUGAAUCAGAAAAUUGACCGAGAGAGCCUGUGUGCAGCCAGCACCAGCUGCCUGCUGCCAGUACAGGUGGUGACCGAACACCCCCUGGAACUAAUCCGUGUAGAGGUGGAAAUCCUGGAUCUCAAUGACAACUCUCCGAGCUUUGCCACCCCUGAGCGAGAGAUGCGCAUCUCAGAGUCAGCUGCACUGGGGGCACGGUUCCCACUGGAUAGUGCCCAGGAUCCUGACGUGGGCACCAAUACUGUGAGCUUCUAUACUCUAAGCCCCAGCAGCCACUUUUCUCUCAAUGUGAAGACCCUAAAAGAUGGGAAGCUGUUCCCAGAACUGGUUCUGGAGCAGCAGCUAGACCGUGAAACCCAGGCAAGACAUCAGCUGGUGCUCACUGCUGUGGAUGGGGGCGUCCCAGCCCGCUCAGGGACCACCCUUAUCUCUGUCACUGUGCUGGAUAUCAAUGAUAAUGCUCCAACCUUCCAGUCCUCAGUUCUGCGUGUGGGACUCCCAGAGAAUGCACCCGUGGGCACACUGCUGCUCCGCCUCAAUGCCACUGAUCCAGACGAGGGCACUAAUGGCCAACUAGACUAUUCUUUUGGAGACCAUACAUCUGAGGCAGUGCGGAACCUCUUUGGCCUAGACCCUAGCAGUGGAGCAAUCCAUGUGUUGGGUACCAUUGAUUUCGAGGAGUCAAGUUUUUAUGAAAUUCAUGCAAGAGCCCGUGACCAGGGACAGCCAGCCAUGGAAGGCCACUGUGUGAUUCAAGUGGAUGUGGGGGAUGCCAAUGACAAUGCCCCAGAGGUACUACUGGCCUCUUUGGUCAACCCUGUCCUGGAGAGCACACCAGUGGGCACAGUAGUGGGAUUGUUUAAUGUGCGGGACCGAGACUCAGGGAGAAAUGGUGAAGUGAGCCUCGAUCUCUCUCCAGACCUGCCAUUUCAGAUUAAGCCUUCUGAGAACCACUACUCACUCCUAACCAGCCAGCCUUUGGACCGUGAGGCCACAUCCCACUAUAUCAUUGAGCUGCUGGCCCAUGAUGAGGGCUCGCCUCCCUUGCACACACAUCUCACCAUCAGGCUCAACAUUUCAGAUGUAAAUGACAACGCACCCUACUUCACCCAGCAGCUCUACACGGCUUACAUCCCAGAAAACCGGCCUCCAGGCUCCCUUCUCUGCACCGUGGCUGCCUCCGAUCCGGACACUGGGGAUAACGCCCGCCUUACCUACUCUAUUGUAGGGAACCAGAUUCAGGGCUCCCCAGCCUCCUCCUUUGUGUAUGUCAACCCCGAGGAUGGGCGGAUCUUUGCCCAGCGUACUUUCGACUACGAACUGCUGCAGAUGCUGCAGAUUGUGGUGGGCGUUCGAGACUCUGGCUCUCCCCCGUUGCACGCCAACACCUCUCUCCACGUGUUUGUCCUGGACCAGAAUGAUAAUGCCCCAACUGUGCUGCACCCUAGACCGGGUCGGGAAUUCUCACUACCCCAGCGUCUCCCUCGCUCUGCCCCUCCUGGCUCCUUGGUCACCAAGGUGACAGCCGUAGAUGCUGAUGCAGGCCACAAUGCCUGGCUCUCCUAUUCACUGUUGCCACAGUCCACAGCCCCAGGGCUGUUCCUGGUGUCUGCACACACUGGUGAGGUGCGAACAGCCCGGGCCUUACUGGAGGAUGACGCUGACACCCAGCAGGUGGUGGUCCUGGUGAGGGACAAUGGUGACCCUUCACUCUCCUCCACAGCCACAGUACUGCUGAUUCUGGAAGAUGAGGACCCUGAGGAAAUGCCCAAAUCCAGGGACUUCCUCACACACCCUCCUGAGCGUUCAGACCUUACCCUUUACCUCAUUGUGGCUCUUGCGGCCACCAGCCUCUUAUCUUUAGUCACCUUCACCUUUCUGUCAGCUAAGUGCCUUCGGGGCGACGGGGGUGGGGGUGGGGGUCAGUGCUGCGGGCGCCAGGACUCGCCCUCCCGGGAGUUCUAUAAGCAAUCCAGCCCCAACCUACAGGUGAGCUCAGACGGCACACUCAAGUAUAUGGAGGUGACGCUGCGGCCCACAGACUCGCACAGCCAUUGCUACAGGACGUGCUUUUCACCAGCCUCCGACGGCAGUGACUUCACUUUUCUAAGGCCCCUCAGCGUUCAGCAGCCCUCAGCUUUCGCGCCGGAGCCCGACGCCUUCCGGUCCCGCUCUAACACGCUGCGGGAGCGGAGCCAGCAAGCCCCACCCAACACGGAUUGGCGAUUCUCUCAGGCCCAGAGACCCGGCACCAGCGGAUCCCAAAAUGGCGAUGAGACCGGCACCUGGCCCAACAACCAGUUCGACACAGAGAUGCUACAAGCCAUGAUCUUGGCCUCCGCCAGUGAAGCCGCUGAUGGGAGCUCCACCCUGGGAGGGGGCGCCGGCACCAUGGGCUUGAGUGCCCGCUACGGGCCCCAGUUCACCCUGCAGCAUGUGCCCGACUACCGCCAGAAUGUCUACAUCCCUGGCAGCAACGCCACUCUGACCAACGCAGCUGGCAAGCGUGAUGGCAAGGCCCCGGCAGGGGGCAAUGGCAACAAGAAGAAGUCGGGCAAGAAGGAAAAGAAGUAACGUGGAGGCCAGGCCCGAAGCCACAGGGCAGCCUCCCUCCCCAACCAGUCCAGCCUCUCCCCACCUGUGCCCAAGCCUCGGAUUUCAGGGCUCACCCCCAGGAAACUGGUAGGGGCCCAGGCCAUGCUCCCCUUGGGAAAUGGAAACAAGUGCCCGGUCAACACCCCCCUCUCUGCCCCCAGGGGAUUGAAUAUGCAAAGGGAGUUCUGCUGGGAACCCCCAUCCAAUCACUUGCUGUGCCCAUGGGGGUAGUGGGGUUUGUGUAGACACCAUUUAUCACACCCCCUUCAGUUACAGCUGAACUCCUCCAUCUUCCAAAUUCAAUCAGGCCCAUCCCCUACCUCCCUCCUACCUACCCUACCCUUCUCUUUUUUAAGGUGGUUGGGGUGUUGAGGUACCCGGUGACCUAAAAAGGCUCAUAGUUCUGAAGAGUUGGAAGGGCAUCAUGACUUCUUGACCUCUCCUUCAAUUCUCAAACUUCCCCCAAAAGCAUGGUUUGGUGCCAGUCCCUUCACCUUCUUCCAGAACCUGAGACCAAGCUCAAGUUUUGGGGAGACAUGGUCACCAUUCCCAUGGUACUGAUGCUUGCUGGAUUUAGGGAGGGCAUUUUGCUACCAUGCCUCUUCCCAGCACCCUGGGGACCAGUCUUCUGUUCUGUUCUGUUUGUCAUCAUUUGAUGUUCCCACUGCAUGCUGUGACUUCCCCCUCCCCAAACAAGAGACCCCACUGCAUGUUCUGAGACAGUGUGGGGUGCUAAGAUAAAGAAGCUUGUGGGUGUGGAUGGGGGGUGGACAAAGCUUGGUCCCAUCAGUUAACAGGGUCUUGCAGGAGGCUCUGUAUGCCCCAGGGUACCGACCAGAUCCCCAGGUUCCAGCCAGAAGCCAUGCCCCAGGCUGGACCCUCAUCUCUCAUGUACAGGGCAGCCUGGCAGCCAGCGGUGGGCUGAGCUUCCAGCACCUGUGGGUUUGAACUGGCCUUGUGGUCCAAGGCAGCUCUGAGCAGGAUUGGGACAGGUCCCCUGGAGAGGUCAGAGGGGCCUCUGUGGGUGCUGGGUACUCCAGAGGUGCUGCUGGUGGAAGGAUCCCUGUGGCCCCAGUAGGGAGGGAGGGGCCCGCUCGGCUGUUUUUGGUCCCUGGGUUGGGAAGGACGAGAGCUAGAGCAGGGACCAAGUGGACAGAAAGUGUCAGCCUGAGAUCAGGGCUUCUCCACAGGGCCCCCCUUGCCCCAGCGGCCCCAGCCCUUCACCUUGCCAGGUGCCAUUCCUUCUCUGUGAAGGCCACUGCCCAGGCCCCCAGUCCGCCCCCUCGUGGCCAGAGCCUGGUUAAAGUCCCCCAGUGCCUCCUUGUGCAUAGACCUUCCUCUGCUCACCCCUCUGCCCCUGGGGUCCCGCUCACCCAGCGGGGCUUCUCAAGAACCCCACUCCAGCCCUUACUUAGUAUAGGAACCCCCUCCCUCUUGCGGCUGGUGUAGAAUAACCGAUAGUGUAUAGUGCGGCGUAUUUUUCCGUGAUGGCGAGCGGGCGGCGGGCUCCAAGCAGCCGUCCGUCCCCGAACCCGCCCGCGGCGGCCCGUGCUGUGUUUUGUGCUGUGUCCACGCGCUGCGGCGCCCCCUUCCCGCGUACUGACUCCUCUAAGCGCUUCUCUUUGCAUAGUCACGUAGCUCCCGACCCCGCCCCCUUCCUGUGUCUCACGCAAGUUUUAUACUCUAAUAUUUAUAUGGCUUUUUUUCUUUGAAAAAUUAAAAGGUUUCUUCUGAAA